AUGAGAAAGACGGAGUUUAUGAACAAUUUCGAAACUUCCCUUCGCCACAGAUUAGAGCACAUAAAGAACAAUCUGCAAUUUCGAAUUGAGUCCGUAGCUUAUUUCGACGACUUCGAAGAGGCUAAGUCUGCUUUGGAGCAAACGUCUCCGUACCUUUCUUUAAUUCGGGACACCUUCACCUUCAUAUGCAGAAUGAUGGAGAAGUACCGUUUCGAGGCCAUUCUGGGGGAAGGCGGCUUUGGCCGCGUUUAUAGUGCCAGAGAACGUGGUCAAGAGGGCCAACGUCGAGCCGUCAAGGAGUUCCACCUGAGUCCGGUAGCCGCCAGGGAAGCGGAAUUCAUGGGUCUCUUUGACCACCGUAACAUUGUACUGCUCAUCGAGACGUUGGUGGAGCCCCCGUACCUUUACAUGGUCUUGCCAUUGUGUGAGGAGGAUUUAAGGACCUUACUCGCCCGCGAGGGUCCGAGGAGAGGCCCCUCUUCCUUCUUCCGGGUAGUCCGCCAGAUCGCUGUGGGCCUCGCAGAAUGCCAUCGGCAGAGCGUGCUCCACCGCGAUCUGAAACCCGGCAAUGUGCUGAGACAGGGGGCUCGGUUUAUGUUAGCCGACUUUGGGGUGGCCGAUCAACUAACACCGUACAGACCACUCCUGACCGGGUUGUCUAGCACUCCAAUGUACUGGAGCCUGCAACAACUCCGCCAGGAGCCGUACAAUACCGCGGUGGACCUGUGGGCCUUAGGGCUCGUGGCCAUGGAUGUGGCCACUGGCGAAGAACGCCAGAGGGAGUUGGCCAUCCGUUGCCUGGUAGGUCGAAGGGCUAUUGAUGGACGAGCCGUCCCUCCGCCGCCCUGCCGACCAGAGAGAGUGGCCGGCCGUCUAUCUGUGCUCCGUGGUAGACUUGGAGAAAACCCCGUCGCCACAGUCCGAUGGUCCGUGGGUGACCCGCCUACCGCCAGACCUGGCAUCAAGACUCCGGACCGUUCAGAACCUCUCAGAAUGGACGAAGACUUUGGAGCGGAGGGUGCGAGCACUACUGUCAGAGGGUAA